UGGUCAACAAGCCAGUAUAUUUCUGUCGCUUUUACUGUUGACACACAAUUAAUAACAUCAUGGCUUCUACAUAUGUUUUCCGUUCUCCAUUGAACGACAAAGUAUGUGCUCCUGACAAACCGUUGAUGUGCACUUGGGUCAAAAAUGCUGAUAAAGAUUCUUCGCCACACACGACGCAAGAUUGGAAACGGACCACUCCAAAACUUGCUCCAAAUGCACUUGCCACCAUUGGACAGACCCCCAUGAUCAAGCUCAACAAAAUUCCCCAGUCUGCUGGAUUGAAAUGUGAUGUCUAUGUUAAAUGUGAAUUUUUCAAUCCUGGUGGAUCAGUGAAAGAUCGUAUGGCUUUACGAAUUGUUGAAGAUGCGGAAAAGCAAGGUAUUUUGAAGCCUGGCUCCACCAUUAUCGAGCCUUCUUCAGGAAAUACUGGAGUUGGAUUAGCAAUGGUAGCAGCUAUCAAAGGCUACAGGUGUAUCAUUUGCAUCGCUGAAAAAAUAUCUCUGGAGAAGGAAUACGUCAUGAGAGCUCUUGGUGCCGAAGUUGUACGAACACCAUCGUCAGCGAACUCAUUUUCACCCGAUGGUAUGUUUGGAAUGGUCCACAGACUCAGUAAACAGAUACCCAAUGCAGUAAUUUUUGAUCAGUUUUCCAAUCCUGGCAAUCCAUUGACACAUUAUGAUACUACAUCCGAAGAAAUAUAUGAAGAAUGCGAUGGACAAGUGGCUAUGAUAGUUAUGGGAGCAGGUACCGGUGGUACCGUAUGUGGCAUCGGCAGGAAAUUCAAGGAAAUAUCCCCAUCUACAAAAAUCGUAUGCGCCGACCCUUACGGUUCCAUUUUUGCUCAGCCAGAAGACCUGAACAAAACCGACGUGACUUUCUGGGAAGUCGAAGGUAUGGGUUAUGAAUUUAUACCGACAGUUUUGGAUCGAUCUGUGGUCGAUCAGUGGAUCAAAGUACCCGACAGCGAAGCCCUGCCAAUGGCCAGGAGGCUAAUCAAAGAGGAAGGAUUGCUAGUGGGCGCCAGUUCUGGAGCCAUGAUGGUGGCAGCUUUGAAAGCGGCAAAAGAUUUACCAGCAGGACAUAAAGUAGUAGUCAUUUUACCCGACGGUAUCAGAAACUACUUGACCAAGUUCGUUUGUGAUCAAUGGAUGGAAGCACGAGGUCUUGCACCAGCUUUGAAUACAAACAACCAUUGGUGGUGGGAUUUGAAUGUUUGUUCGUUGAAGUUGGCACCAUUGCAGACAACAACCGGGGAUGCUACUUACGAGAGGGUGUUGAGCAUGCUAAAGAAGGGAGGAGUUGACCAGAUCCCAGCAUUGGGCCCGAAUGGAGGAGUGGUUGGAGUUGUCACAAUGCAAAAUAUAGUGAACAAGGUUAUAUCUGGAAAUCUACAGGCCAACGAUUCCGUCGACAGGUGCAUUGACAGGCUCUAUCCCAAGGUUUUGAAAUCUGCAAACCUUGGACUUGUAUCGAGGGUUCUGGAGAAGGAGCCUUACGUUAUGAUCUUGGACGUUGAAGGAACUGGCCCAUCGAAAAUCAAUAGACCUGUGGGUAUAGUAACAGCAAUUGAUUUGCUCGACUUCAUUCAAAAGAAAGCAUGAACAUCUACUAAUUCAUUCAUGUACUGGAUUAUAUGUAGUAUACUUGAGAUAUAUCCAUUUUUUUCUGUAGCAAUUACUGUAAUUACAAAAAUGUUCGAUACUUUCCAUUAAAACCGAUAUAUUAUUGUGAG